AUGGGGCGGAAGGAACGCGAGCGGGCGUGGGCACCCGCGACCCAGUUGGUGCGUGGCGGGAUCGACCGCUCGCAUCACGGCGAGACCAACGAGGCGCUCUACCUGACCUCGGGCUUUGUCUACGACACGGCCGCGCAGGGCAACGCGCGCACGGCGGACGAAGAGGCGGGCUACGUCUACGGGCGCUUCGGCAAUCCCACCAUCACCAUGUUCGAGGAUCGCCUCGCGUUGAUCGAGGGCGCGGACGCCUGCCAGGCGACGGCGAGCGGCAUGGCGGCGGUCUUCGCGGCGCUCAUGAGCCAACUCCACGCCGGCGAUCACGUCGUGGCCUCCCAGGUCAUGUUCGGCGCGUGCCACGUGGUGAUCGACCAACUCCUGCCCCGCUACGGGAUCGAGACCGACCUCGUUGACGGCACCGAUCUCGACGCCUGGAAACGCGCGCUCAGGCCGGAGACCCGCUGCGUCUUCCUCGAAAGCCCCGGCAACCCGACCAUGGCGAUCGUCGACAUCGCAGCGGUCUCGGCGCUGGCCCACCGCGUCGGCGCCCGUGUCAUCGUGGACAAUGUGCUCGGCAUGCCGAUGAUCCAGCGUCCCCUCGCCCUCGGCGCCGACAUCGUGGUCUAUUCGACGACCAAGCACAUCGACGGCCAGGGCCGCUGCCUCGGCGGUCCGAUCAUGAGCCCCUUCAAUGCCUGGGUCAUGCUCAAGGGGCUGGAGACGCUGGAGCUACGCAUCGAGCGCAUGUGUGAGACGGCCGCGCGACUGGCUGCGUUUCUUGAAAGCCACCCGGCGGUCUCCGCCGUCCACUACCCGGGCUUGCCGAGCCAUCCCCAGCACGCGCUCGCAGCGAGGCAGAUGAGCCGGGGCGGCAGCGUGAUCGCGUUCGAUCUCGCGGGCGGGUGGGACGCCGCCUUCCGCUUUCUCGAUUCGCUGGAGCUGAUCGAUAUCUCGAACAACUUGGGCGACGCCAAGAGCCUCGCCACCCACCCCGCCAGCACCACGCAUCAGAAGAUCGGCGCCGAUGCCCGUGCCACGCUCGGGAUCGGCGACGGCCUCGUGCGCUUCUCGGUCGGCCUCGAAGCCGAGUCCGACCUGCAGUCCGAUUUGGGGCACGGCUUGCGGGCGGCCACUGGCUGCUGA